AUGAAUGCGCUGAUAGAUGUGGCAUCCGCUUUGGAGCACCUCCAUCGUAGUUACUCAAUUCCCGUUAUUCACUGUGAUUUGAAGCCAAAUAAUGUCCUUCUAAAUGAAGAUAUGGUUGCCUGUGUGACUAAUUUUGGUGUUCCAAAUAUAUUGUCUAUAUUGGACCAGGUAGUAGAUGCAAACUUGCUCAAGCCAGGCUAUCAACACUUCGCUGAAAAGUUGGAGGGCAUAACGUCUAUUGUGAGAAUAGCUGUAGCUUGCACAGAAGAUUCUCCCAGAGACAGGAUGAAUGCUAUAGAUGUUCUUGCUUCUCACGACAAAUCUAAGUACUGGAGCAGGGACCCUAGGUAUGCAAUGGAUUUCUUGAUUCACCAUGUUGUCGAAAAAUUUGUUUGA